AUGUCGGUGUACCCAGGUCUGUUGCAGCCGGUCAAGGUAGGGCGUUACACCCUUCCUAACCGAAUUAUCAUGGCCCCCUUGACGCGUUGUCGUGCGACGGAGGACCAUCACAUUCCGAGGACUGAUCUGAUGCUUAAGCAUUACCAGGAUCGGGCGUCUGCGGGCCUCAUAAUCGCCGAGGCGACGAUGGUUCAGCCGCAUUACACUUCGUUUCUCUCGGAGCCGGGUAUUUACAGCGAGGCGCAGAUUUCUGAAUGGAAAAAGAUCGUUGACGCGGUGCACAAGAAAGGCGGGCAUAUCUUCCUGCAGUUGAUUCACGCCGGUCGCUCGGGGCUCCCACAAAAGAUCCUUAAACACAACAAGAGCGACAGCGAACCGCUUGCAGGCCGAUUGCUUUCUGCAAGUGCCCUGCCCAUCACGGGCCACAGUAUUCGCGCGGAUUUCACGCCAAGUGGCCAGAAAGAACCGUACGGUACACCGGAAGAACUCAUAGAUGCCGAGAUUAAAGAGUGGAUUAUUCCAUACUUCGUGCAGGCUGCGAAAAAUGCCGUUUUCAAGGCGGGGUUUGACGGCGUUGAAAUACACGGUGCGAAUGGUUACCUCUUGGACUGUUUCUUAAGAGACUCUGUAAACACACGUGAGUCCGGUGCAUACGCUGGCAGCACUAUCGAUUCACGCUGCCAGUUAAUUUACGACGUAACAAAAAGCGUCUGUGAUGCCGUGGGGAGCGACCGCGUGGGAUUGCGUAUCUCACCUCUGCAGAGUGCCGGAGGAACCAAAGACUCCAACCCAGAAGCUCUCACCAAGCACCUCUGUGAGAAAAUCAACCCACUGUCACUCGCGUACCUCCACUACAUCCGUGCAGACAUGCUCAACGAGCAACACGGCGACGUUGUCUCAUGGGUUCACGACAGUUACAAAGGCAUUAAGAUAUCGAACCUCCGCUACGAAUUACCAGAGGCAGAAGGGCAAAUCCAGGAAGGGAAGAUCGAUGCUGUUGCCUUCGGCGUCAAGUUUAUUGCCAAUCCGGAUCUUGUGGAGCGGGUGGCUCGCAACUUGCCACUCAACACGCCUAGACCCGAGUAUUUUUUCACUCGUGGGGAUGUCGGAUACAACGACUAUCCCGCAAGUUCCUCGUGA